UAAAUUACAAGAAAGCUCAGCAAUCCUCCUGCUUCAGGCAUGUCUAGUUAAUAUGUUAUCAACUUAUUAUGAACUGUUUGUCCUAACAAUAGACCAUACAUGCGAUACAAGAUAGUAUUAUAUCUAUACAGAAACAACAAAUUUAAAUUAAGAAAAAAUAUUUACGUGAUACUUUAGAAUCAUUCUUUAUUGCACAACAAUAAUGCAUGUCUUUGUUACAUGAGAUCAUUAAUUUCUCUUAACAAUGGCUAAUGUAUAAUGAGCGAACUCUAAUCCUGAAAAUUAUCAAAAAAUAUAUACCAUGUAAAAAUGAUUCCUUAAUAGUUGAUACGUGAACUGAUAAAGGCGUUUUUCCGCAGCAACUGGUAAUUUUAAAUGCAAGUUACUUUGACACAAAAGCUAAGUCAUGGAAUCAUAUUUUGGGGUCACUAGGUGUAUGUACGGUAUCGCCCGUUCAGUAUAGGUUAGGUUAUGCAAAUGCUUUGAUAAAAAUUGAAAUUUUUGAAAAAUUACGACGGCUUCAAUGUAUGAUAUGCAACCUAAAGCAGUGAAAUCAGCCAGUUUGCAAUAUUUAAUGGAUUAUUUUUACCAUUCGAUAAGGUUCAUUUUUAAGCUGGAGUUAGGAAAUAUAUAAACGUCUUGUGGUAUGUUGAGUGCUACGAAUAGUAUUAAUGGUUAAUUGUUAUCGUCGGAUUUGUCUCAACCAUCACAUGUCAUCGAUUAGACUAAAAUACAUUAACUGGAGCUGUUGACGCUUUCAAGACAAAACAGUGGGUCCUUUUCACUCUAUUUUAUUCAGAAGUUACGCUCAAACUUUGAUACUUGUGACGAAAGAGUUAUUUCGCAAAAAUGCAGAGUUAGCAUUCCUUUGACUUCCAAGGUAUACUGGUCAUUUAGAUUGCAAAAUCUGAAGGAAGAAAACUGUCGUACUGAUUGGUUUACAGAUAGUUUAUAACGUUCUUAAGGGUUCGUACUAUUUCCACGAUGAAGUCAGUAGCAGAGAAUUUAAUAGAUAAUUUACCAAACGGUCCACUGGACAGUUAUCGGAGACGUGCAACUUUCAAUUGGAAGUCUUUGAAACUGAAACUAGAAGGAGAAGACAUUGUUCGUUUUCAGAAGGACCUUUGGACUUACAUAGAAAAAAACCCAUUAUUUCAACAAUCAAAUCAUAAAUUAACAUUGGAUGAAUUAAGAAGAAGAUGCAGUGCACAAAUGGAUGUUUUAAAAAACGAAUUUUCGAUAUUGCAAGCAGGAAGUGCAUUCAAUUAUUUGUUUUAUUACGAUCCUGCUUUAGUAGUGAAGUUUGGUAUAACAUAUGGCAUGGUACCCAACGCAGUGUUUUCUUUAGGCACCGAUCAACAUAAUGAUAUUUUUCAACAUUUGUACAAUGGUGACUAUAUUGGAUCCUUUGCACUGACUGAGAUUUCUCAUGGCACAAAUGUUAAAGCCAUGAGAACAACGGCGACCUAUGAUGUGAAAACCAAAAGUUUUAUUUUCCAUACUCCAGAUUUUGAAGCAGCUAAAUGUUGGGCUGCAGGAUUAGGAAAAACAGCAACACAUGCUGUACUCUUUGCUAAUUUAAUCACUCCCGAUGGGAAAAAUAGAGGUCUUCAUCCAUUUAUUGUUCCUAUUCGUGACCCAAAAACUAUGCUGCCGUUCCAUGGUGUUACUCUUGGAGAUAUGGGAGAAAAGAUUGGUCUCAAGGGAGUAGAUAAUGGCUUUGCACUGUUCAAUAGGUAUUCAGUACCCAAAAUAUGUUUGUUAAAUAAGACGGCAGAUGUCACAGAAGAUGGAAAAUACUUAUCGUUCAUGAGUGAAAAUAGACGAUUUGGACUUUCCUUAGGUGCCUUGUCAAUGGGACGUUCUAACAUCACAGUAAUAAGCACUAUGAAUGCAUCUCUGGCUAUGAUUAUUGCAAUCCGAUACUGUGCCGUCAGAAAACAGUUCGGCCCUUCACAGGAGGAAGAGUGGUCAGUGAUCGAAUACCAAGCACAGCAAUGGAGGUUAUUCCCACACCUGGCAGCAGUCUAUGCCAUGAAGAUAUUUUCUGACAACAUUUUUAAGAUAGCUUGUAAUUUCCAAGUAAAACUAUUAACUGGUGAAAAUAAGGAUUCACUUGUCAAUGAAGGUACCGAAAUUCAUGCCCUGUCCUGCUCAACUAAGCCUCUUUGUUCGUGGAUGGCGAGAGAUGCAAUUCAAGAUUGCAGAGAAGCUUGUGCAGGGCAUGGAUAUUUAAAAGUGUCAAGAUUGGGAGAUAUCAGAGCAGAUCAUGAUGCCACUUGUACAUAUGAAGGAGAGAAUAAUGUAUUGAUUCAACAAGCAAGUAAUUGGCUGCUAAAUCAGUGGCAGAAUGUUAUAGAUGGAAAAGCAGUUCUCUCUCCUCUUGGAUCCGCAGAUUUCCUUACAAAUGCGGAGGGCAUUCUUCGAUUGAAAUUUAAGCAUACUACAAUUCAUCAGACAAUGAAACUAGAAAAUUUCCUCGAGAUACUCCAAUGGCUGGUUUGUUAUUACGUUAAAAAAACUUAUGAACGCGUACAAAUUCUUAAGAAAGGUGGGCAUAGUGAAUUCACUGUCAGGAACGAUUCACAGAUGUUUUUUGCUCGUACUUUGACACUCGUAUAUGGAAAGCACGCACUUAUAAAAGAAUUCAUAAACUGUCUACAAAGCUCAAUGUGGAACCUUGAAGAGAAACGUGUGCUUACAAAGUUAUGCUUAUUGCACGCAGCAUGUGUGGUGGAGCAGAGUCUAGGAGAUUUAUACGCAGGUGGUUAUGUCACAUCUGAUAGUCAUUUUGACGUGUUUCUUCGGGAAGGAAUUAUGACAUUAUGCAAAGAUCUAGUUAACGAGGCAGUCGCAUUAGUUGAUGUUCUUGCACCCCCAGAUUUUGUUAUAAAUUCUCCGCUAGGAAUGGCAGAUGGGGAGGUAUAUAAGCAUCUCCAGAAAAGUUUUUAUAAAGAUAAAGAAACUUUUCAACGUCCUACAUGGUGGCGUGAGUUAGUGCAAUCAAAAUUGUAAUUUGUAUUUUGCCAACUUGACACUAUAAUUUUUGCAGUAAUUUUGAGCGAUGUGGUUAAUAGAAUAUAUUUUUGUAACAAUUUCCAUGGACGUAUCAAGAUACAAUUGAGUGGAUUAUGGGAUCACGAAGAGCUUGCUAAUGUGUGCAAAGCCAACAACAAAGUAACUAAAAUCUGAAAGAUUUUGUGAAUUCGACAAGAUCUUUUUGAUUUUAAUUACUUUGUUAUUGUUAUUGGCUUUGCACACAUUAGAAACCUCCUC